GCUCUAGGGCAGUUUUUGCAUCCCUACCAGGAGGAGGCUCCGCCGGCGUCCUAUUUCUGGGGGGUUAGCCAUGGUGCUCCCCAGCGCCCCUGCGGGCGCUGGCGUCCUGGUGCUCGUGGCCUCCGCGCUCGCGCCGGCCGCCGGCGCCUUCGUCGCGCCGGGCGCCUCCGGCAGGCGCGGGGCGGGACUCGGGCUCUGCGCCUGCGCCGCUCUGCUGCUGGCGCGCUCGGCGAGGGCGCCCAAGAAGGCGGAGCAGCGCCGGGUCGCCGUCAGGGCCUUCGAGAGCGAGACAGGUGGGCGGGGGGGCUUCUGGGACCCCCUGGGCUUGUCCAGCGACGGGAGCGCCUUCAACUUCGCCCGCAGGAGAGAGGUCGAGCUGAAGCACGGGCGCGUGUCCAUGUUUGCCACCAUCGGCUACAUCGUCCCCGAGUACUACAAGCUUCCCGGGUUCUUAUCCCCGUCCUACGGCAUCCAGUUCAGUGAGGUGCCGAACGGCUUGGGCGCCCUGUCCAAGGUGCCAGCCCUGGGCUGGCUGCAGAUCAUUACCCUCGCUGGCAUCACCGAGGUCCAGAUCUACAAGGACCCGGUGAAGGGUGAGCCGGGCAACUACGGCGCUGGAUUCCUCGGUGUCAAGAGCAUCGGCCUCACUAGCAAUGGCUUCACGGACCCCGAGUACAGGAAGAUGAAGCUGAACGCCGAGCUCGCCAACGGUAGGCUCGCCAUGAUGGCUAUCAUCGGGAUGUUUUUCCAGGACGGUCUGACAGGGUCCGCGUGGGGCGAUUGGGCCCUCUACACCGACUCGCCCUUGCGCGCCUUCGAGAGCGAGACCGGGGUGCAGCCGCCCGUGGGCUUCUGGGACCCCCUGGGCUUGUCCAGCGACGGGAGCGCCUUCAACUUCGCCCGCAGGCGGGAGGUCGAGCUGAAGCACGGGCGCGUGUCCAUGUUCGCCACCAUCGGCUACAUUGUCCCCGAGUACUACAAGCUCCCCGGAUUCCUGUCCCCGUCCUACGGCAUCCAGUUCAGUGAGGUGCCGA